AUGCAUAGUGGCGUAGUUCUGGAAUUCAAGAUGGACGCUUUAUCGCAGACAGGAGGAGGAGAGAGGGAAAGCACGGUGUGGUUGAGAUAUUGGAUCGCGUGGAACGACUAUAGACUCCCCCCACCACCACGGGAGCGGCACGCGUCUAGGCCCCCCGUAGUACCCUCCCAGAGCCGACAGGAGAACCCCAGGUCCCGUACCCUACAGGCACGUACACCCAAAAAAGAGCGGUACUUAGUCGGUACGGCAAUGAAGUGCGGUGAUGAGAAGUAG